AAUCCAAAGCUGGGCCUGAAUUGUGGUUUUAGCAGACUGAUUUCCGCGUCUCCUCCGCUAUGGAGGUCCGACAAUUCGUCAAUGGCUUAAUAAAAGCCCAACAGACACGCCGACAAUGCCUCCGCCUCAUGUCUGUCGCUUCCCCUUCUCGCUCAAUGGCCGCACUAUCAAAACGAACCCUAACCACAAGCACAUCCGCUGAGGCUGCUGCAGCGGCGGCGACCUCAGCUCCUCAUUCCAAAUUUGGCAAUCAGCACUUCGCACCCCCGAAUGCGAAUAACGCCCAAACCCCCUCCACAGAGAACGCAAGCAAGCCCGGAAAACUAAACGAAGUCGACCAGAUCCUUCGUGCCAUCUCCGCAAACCCUAUUCCCAAAACCAGCCCUGCCCCAAGUCCCCGACAAUCGCCGCCCAGCGACGGCCUCUGGGGACAAGACAUCAAAAACAUGCUGAAUAUGUACGACAAGCGCCUUCCUUCGAGAUCGGAGACCAAAAAGAGUCUUUCCUCGGCAGUAGAGCUACGUCUGUCGCCGUCUCUGGGCCGCACGGUGGCAGUGGAUCAUGUGCGGAACUUUGAUGUUGGGAAGGCCCUGUCGCUAAUGGAGAGCCGGUGCGCAGCGAACAAAGUGCGUGUUCACGAGAGAGAGCAGAGAUUUUAUGUCCGGAGGGGCCAGCUGAGGAAAGAAGUGAGAAUGAAGCGAUGGAGAAAGCUAUUUAAAUUCUCAUUUCAGCAAACGGUUGCGAGAUGUGAGAAAUUGAGAAAACAGGGUUGGUAAAGGUAGUAUUAAACACUGUUGCAUUCACUUGGGAUUAUCUUGGGGGCUCAGUGAGGUUGCGGGGGACACUAUCGUUGGUCGUGUAAAUACAAGUGCCCACAGAUGUCGACCAUGUGCUGGAUGGCAAAAACAUGCUUGAUGUUGUACCGGACGGCAGAUGUCAGGAAGAACAUCUGACUGCACUGAGGAUACAAUGGUUCUUUUUUCAUAUGUACUAUUACGGGAUUAGAUGGGUUACUAGGCAGUU